AUGCUCAAAUCACUCGUCGCCGUUUCUGCGGGCCUCAUCGGUGGCGCCCAUGCCUUCUGGCGCAUGGAGUGUCCCGGUCGUGUGGGACUCGCGCGACUUGACCCCAUCAUUGACCCGGGCAAGAUCUCGAUGCAUGCGCAUUCUAUUCACGGUUCUUCAGGGUUCUCUGAUACCGCCAACACUGAGGAACUCCUCAACGGUGACUGCACUUCAUGCCGAGUCACGCAAGACAAGUCUUCUUACUGGCACCCUGCCAUGUACUUCCAAGAUGGUGAGACUGGAGAGUUUGAGAUUGUCCCACAGGUGGGCGGUAUGCUGGCCUACUACCUCCUGUACGGCGACAAUGUGACCGCCUUUCCUCCUGACUUCAGAAUGUUGUCUGGUACAAACACACGAAGAACCUACACGGCGGGUGACCCGAGCAAGCCGGACCCGGAGAAGUCUACGUGGCAAGCUCUCGGUGAGACUGAUCAGGACACCCUCGCUCAACGUGCCCUCGGUUUCAACUGCUUGAACUAUGCACGAGAACCAGAGGGAACUCUCUACCGCCACUACAUGCCCGACAAACAGUACCUUGAUGCGAACUGCAAGGAUGGCCUCCGUCUCGAGAUCAUGUUUCCGUCCUGCUGGAAGGGAGGCGACGCGCUCGACAGCGCCAACCACAAGGAUCACGUUGCGUUCCCUGACUUGGUCAUGACCGGAACCUGCCCCGAUGGUUAUCCCGUUCGCCUGCCCAGCCUCAUGUAUGAGGUUAUCUGGAACACCAAUGCCUUCGCCGACCGACCUGGCCGAUUUGUCUUGGCCAACGGAGACACGACUGGCUAUGGCUACCACGCGGACUUCAUCACCGGUUGGGAUGAAGACUUCCUCCAGCAGGCCAUCGAAACCUGCACCUCUGAGACUGGACUGAUUGGUGCCUGCCCCCUCUUUGACGUUAUUAGCGAAAGUGAGGCAACCUCUUGCAAGAUGAACCUCCCCGACAGCUUGAAGAAGGAGGACGUUCUUGGUCCUAUGAAGCAGCUACCCGGCGGUGACCAAGUCUCUUAUGGAGAUGGCUCGGACGGCGGUGCUAGCAAGGACCCAGGGCCUACUGGUGAUGCUUCUGUGCCCACCUUGACCUACCAUCCCGGUGACAGGCCGGAGAACUCUGCAUCACCUCUCCCAGGCCAGGUGUUCAAGGAGAAGGCGGCGGCCUACGAGGCCUCGGCUCCUGCACCUGCACCUACUUUGGAGACAACAACCAAUGUACCGAUCGUUGCGACAUCUAUUCUGCCUUCUUUUUCAUCUCCUUUUACUUCGGAAACAACACUCAUUCAAAGCAUUCAAACCACUCAAAGCAUCCCAGGCGCCGAUGGAAGUGUCGGAGCCGCAUUUGUCGAGUCUUCGAUCGCUCAGGCCCCUGAAUCUGUUCCUACGUCUGGACCCCCUCCCGUCCCCACGACCACUCCUGCGCCCGAAUUGGAGCCAACGACCGACACCAAGAGCUACUGGAGUACCCAGUACAUCACCAACGGUAAUCUCGUGAGCAAGAUUCUCUGGGAUGAGAAGCUUGUCUACGUGACCGAGCUGGAGGCCGAGACGGUCGUGGUCACAGUGACAUCAACAGCUGUUGUCACCCCUACAGCGCCCGCAGCGAGACGGAGACGUCGGGGUGCUCACCUCCACAGCCACGGACGUCGACAUUUCUAA